ACUGUGCAUAACAAAUAUCGGUAGUGUCGGUUACAGUAACGGAGAAGGAAAGAUUCGUUACCAAACUGUAGAAUGCAACAAGUUUCAGUUGGCUUUCCGUUACCCAUCGGAACUGAAGCUAGCACCUCAAAACGCCUACGUCCCCAAUAAUGGGUAACGCGCACGCUCGCACUCAUCGCCAACACCGUAAUUCCGUCCCUUACAACACGGUUCCUCCACCCUAUAAAUACGGCGCUCCGCCACCGUUCCCAGCCCCAAAUUCCAACAUGCUCUCUUUGCCUUACGCCGGCGUCGACUCCACUCUCCGAGCCCUCGCCGCCCAAGCCGAGGGCUUUGGCCGCUUUGCAAUCGGUGGCCUCCACGGCCCCCUUUACCGUGUCACUUCUCUCGCAGAUGAUGGACCGGGAUCGCUACGUGACGCGUGUCGCAGAAAAGAACCGCUGUGGAUUGUGUUUGAGGUUUCGGGUACUAUUCAUCUCUCAUCGUACUUGAGUGUGUCAUCUUACAAAACUGUUGAUGGUCGUGGCCAAAGGAUUAAACUAACGGGGAAAGGUUUAAGGCUUAAGGAAUGCGAACACGUAAUAAUUUGCAAUUUGGAGUUAGAAGGAGGCAGAGGGGCUGAUGUUGAUGCCAUUCAGAUCAAACCCAAUUCCAAACACAUAUGGAUAGACCGUUGCACUCUUAGUGAUUUUGAUGAUGGGCUUAUAGAUAUCACAAGAGAAAGCACUGAUAUUACUAUUUCUAGGUGUCACUUUUCUCAGCAUGACAAAACUAUGCUCAUUGGGGCUGAUCCCUCGCAUGUUGGUGAUAGAUGCGUGAGGGUCACUAUACACCAUUGUUUUUUCAAUGGGACUCGACAGAGGCACCCUCGUGUUAGGUUUGCAAAGGUGCAUCUCUACAAUAAUUACACCCGAAACUGGGGCAUUUAUGCUGUUUGUGCAAGUGUGGAAUCCCAGAUUUUCUCGCAACAUAAUAUCUAUGAAGCAGGACAGAAGAAGGUGGCAUUCAAGUAUCUUUCUGAGAAGGCAGCAGAUAAGGAAGUGGGAGCAACUGGUCACAUAAGGUCUGAAGGAGACUUAUUUAUAAAUGGUGCUCAACCAGGGUUAAUGACUGAGAAUGUUGGGUGCAACAUGUUUCACCCUAGUGAAUACUAUCCAACGUGGACAGUGGAACCUCCUACAGAUGAUCUAAAGCAUGUUCUUCAUCACUGCACUGGAUGGCAAUCUGUUGUGAGGCCAGCAGAUCAAACAGUUUGCACAGAAUAGAAGCUUAGUUGUGUAAAUCCAUUGUUAACUGAAAUUGUAUUCCUAAGCUGUUUUAUAAAAUAUACAGGGUUAACUCAAGUUAUUAUUGAUUUCCUGCCCCCCUAAGUUUAUUCUAGGAAGUUACUUUCGUGUAUAUAAACUAUAAAUUAAUUAUAGAUUGUUAAAUAAGUACUACAUGUUUGUUAAAUUAUUAUGAUAAGAUAAAAAUAUAUUACAAUUCAC